AUGCCUCUACCCAGUUGUCAAGCUGAGUGGAAGCACUUCUUCGCCAAAACGAUGGGCGUCCUUAUUAGCAUUUGGGUAUGGUCUCUGGGCAUAAUUCUAGCCAGAAGCAGAUCCUGGAACGUGUGGGAAUUUGAGAGCAACAUUUCUUCUGUUGUGUUCAUUGGACUUUGGGGUGCUUUCUAUUUUCAAAACAUGAACAUCUUCAGCUCGAUGGUUUCGCUGGGCAUGGAGAGCAGUCUUAACGGGAGCUGUGUCCUUUCAGGUGAAAUUCGGUAUGGGUGGGAACCAAUACUGGCCACGAACUUCAUGGUGUCAGUCGCCCUCGUUUUUGUUUAUGAGGUAUUUUGGGUCCUGAUCAGUCAUGCACACCCAGAAUUCCUCCAAUUUUAUUACAAAAUCACCGGCUCCUUUCUUUUCUUCAGUGGCACUUGUGAUAUUACUGCAGUGACCUGGAAUUUCUAUGUGGAUUUUUAUGGCCCAACCACCCUUGACUUUCCACCUAGUUUUCUGGUUAAAAAAGAAAUGCUAGUAAAGAAAUGCUUCACCUAUGUGCUCCCACUAGGAAUCACAAUGGCCAUCCUCUCACUAAAAGUCCUCCUUAUUUUUCUGUGA